AUGAACUGGUAUUGGUUUGUAAUAUUACCGGUUGUGUUGGUAAACUGCUACAAAUUGAUAUGCGAAAAAAGUUCAGAUGAAAAAUCAAAAAUUGAUCGGUUUCCAAAAGCUUUAGUUUUGAAAGGUAACUAUAAGAUAGUGGUUCGCCACACCAAUUGGCUUACGAAUGUAACAAGUUUGAUGACCGAAAGCCGUAGAGGAGAACAAACUCAUAUUACAGUCGUCACAUCGCAUUCAACUAGCACAACACAUUUUAUUCUGGGAAGCCUCAAUUAUACCUAUAAUGAAACUUCUUGUGAGGUCUUGCCAAAUGCUACAGCAUUGCCUGCAGUAUAUUUACACUCGCAGCUUGCGGAAAAUUACAACUUCACUGGUACAUCAAUGGCUGAAUUGAUCGAAUCGCUCUAUCACUUCAAUUUCAACCGAGGUCGUUUGCAUAAUAAAACGGAAGUUGGUGGAAUUGAUGCAAUUUUAUGGCUUGGUUGCGGUAAAGCAAAGGGUAAAAUAAUGCAGUCAGAAGUAGCAUACGCAGGUGAAUUUUCUCAGCCAUCAUACUCUUCAUCUGUCAAAAGACCAUAUAUUUUGUCUUUGCGACUGGCCGCUUUUAACGAUACUAAUGAUGCAUUAAUUGAUUAUGUUUCUGUUGAAAUUACACAACUUGAAAUGUUAGCUGAUGAUUCAGAGUUGAAGACAAAACUACCCGAAGGAUUAUACUGCACUGGUUUCCCGGAAGCCAAAAGUCCGAUCAUGUUCCCGAAAAAAUUCGAAAUGUCCUUUGAUUACAUUGAUGUUGACGGCAAAGUUGUCCACGAUAUCGAUAUGUACUACAAUGGCAAUGAGCGCAUAUUUUGGAUGCGUUUAGAUGCUCGAGCAGGGAAAGACACCCCUUUCAUGGGAAAUGCAACAAUUCCCGAAGGACUGAGGAACAUUCAUGUUAUUCACGAUUUUCAAUACGGACUUCAGUAUUUGUUGGAUGGGGAGAAUAAUAUUUGUAGCUCUGUAUCAGCAAUCGAUAAAAAUUUUGGUGAUGUUCAAACGAUGAAUGAAUCAACGAAAGAAAUUGAGUUGAAGGAACCAGCUCAUUUGUUCUUGAGCUCCAGCAGUUCGGUGUUCUAUUAUGCGGGGAAGCGAAUAGUAGAUGACAUACCACUGGAUGUUUAUGUUACGAAAGCCAAUAAUUCACUUACAACUUCAACAGUUAUUGAAAUGCUUUAUACGACGGAAAAUUGGGUUGUGGAAACAGCUGUGGCACCUUUCCUUCAUUCAAUAGUGCAGUACCAUAAGGACGGAUCAGGCAAGGAAACGAAGACGAUAAUUCGUCUACAUUCAUUCAAAAAUGAUUCAGAAGCUGGAGUUCAGCAAACCUCACUUUCCAUCUAUCCAUGUCUUAAACUUGUUGAAGAUAGUUAUCUGCAUAUUAAUAUCAAGAAUACGACGCUGAAAGAUUUGGAAAGUUUUGGGAUUGGAAUAGUCCGAGAAGGUUUACGUGAAGCCGUGGCGCAUGUUGCAAAUGUUUCUGUGCUCCGAAUUGCUAAUUUCUUCUUUAAGCAAAUUCAAGAGAACGUUGUGGCAUUCUUCGUUGUUGGUGAAUCAUCAGGUGUUAAACCAGCAAAUACGUGGAAUAGAUCUAAUGAGACAAGUGCUGAAUCAGCCGUUAACCUAUUAAAUGCGACGCUGAGGGAAAAAGAUAUCAGAUUCCCUAUUUUCGUUGGUCAUCGGAUGGUGAUGCUCAGUCUUUCAAAAGCAAGUUUAGGCACUAUCCCAACAACUUGGGGGAUGUUGCCAGCACCUGCAUUUCGUGGUUAUACAGGUGGUUCGAUGUUUGUUCUUGGUUUAUUCAUGCUUUUACUUGGUGCAGUACUUGGUGUUGGCAUUGUGUACUUUAUUUGGAAGCGACAACGUUUUACUGGUCUUGCUUACCAAGUAUUUGAGUAA